CUUUAACGUGGGACUAGCCAAGUGCCGCAGCGCCAAUGGCACCGACAGGACGGACCGUGGUUGGUAUCCACAUAAGCUAAUGGUCCGAUGCGGAGACCCGAGAUCGCCCCAACUUCUUCAUAACCACAAAGGGACUAUCGUUUGUUGAAUUAAUGAAUUACUUCUCUACAUACCCUCAUAUUUAAGACAAGGGUCUACUAACCAUGGCAGAACCUCGCCCAAUAACCAUCCAAGACGCGCGGGGCACCCUCUCUACCGUCUUCUCAGAAGCCACAACCCCCGAGCAACGCCUCCGCGGCGCACGUCUAGCCGCCACAGCUUUCGGAAAGUCACUCUCGCAGGAAGGGUACCUUAAACGCGAUGAGUUUCUUAGUAAAGCACCAUUAGCGAGUGGACCAAAGGGGUGGCACAUUUGGAACUUGACGGUGGCUGAUGAUCCCGAACAUGUAAUCGCAAUGUGCAAGACAAUGCACCGGGAUUUACUGUUACGGGAAGGGGUGGAGCCAACAGUACGCCAGGAGCAGGGGUAUUGUGUUUGUAGCGUGGUGACGGAUUCCCGGUACCGUGGGCGCGGGCUCGCUUCAGUUUUGUUGAAGAGUGUGGCAGAGUGGAUCGAUGGACCGGGGGGCGCGGCGGCGAGCAUGCUGUACUCGGAUGUUGGCGACUUCUAUGUUAGUAAGGGGUGGGACAUUCUUGACGCCUUUCAAACCGUCAUGACCGUUCCCUCAUCUCUCCCCCCGCGGGACAAAAUUCCUAAACUUCCUUUAACUCGGCCCAUUACCAGCGCUGAUAUCCCCAGUCUCUGCGAGCGCGACGUAGAAAGUCUGAAAUAUGACUUCGAAAACAAAUCAGAUCUACCACCAGACACCGUCCUCACAACAGUCCUCCCCACUCCGGAUCUAAUCAAUUGGCUACAAACACGAGCCGACUACAUGAACGACAAACUCGCCAACCAAGUCCCCACAUCCAAAGGCAGUAUCUGCGAAAGCGCGGAUGCAUGGGUAUACUGGUUCACAGACAUCCACGGACACAAAAUAACCAUCCAGCGGAUCAAGCCACCUAAGGACCAAAGCGAAGAAGUCACCACACAUGUAUUAGCGGCGUUACUAUUCGACGUUCUAGAGGAAGCCGCAAAGUGGAAGAUCUCAGAAAUCAUCAUCUGGAACCCGAGCCCGGAACUACAUACCGCGAUAAAAUCCCUGGCUGAGAAAAUAGGGGUUAGGGUUGUGAACGAGAAAAGGGAUACCGCGCAGAUACCCUGUCUGAGGUGGCGCGGCGGCGAGAAGAAAAAGACUGUAUUUUCGCCGAAUGAGUAUUAUGCAUGGAGCUAGAUAUUGGCAUAUAAAUAAUCUGUCGCUAUUAAAUCAUUAGAACUAGAUGCUCGAGAUUCAAACAUUUGCUUACGUAAUCACUAUUCUCAGGGUUAGGGUUGGGGUUAAUCAAGGGGUUCACCAUUAUGUCAUCAC